GGGUGAGAAUCAUAAUGCGGUAGUGAUGUGGGCCACCCCACUUCAAAAGACAUUAUUACCAUCAACUUUUUAACUACAUUGCCAUAACAUAACCAAGGCCAUUUUUGGAUUUUCAACAGAUUCCGCUGCAACUUAAUUUGGCCUAAAUGUGUUUCGGUUAGUCAUGAAAGAAAGUAAUUAUAGCGCAGAGAUGUCUAUUUAUACCGCUAUAAGGAUGCGCAGAGAUUUCUUAAUUGCUUUCCUUUACUUUUUUUUUUCCCAACAUAUAUUGCAUUUGGCCAAUAGAAGUUGAGGCAACCCAAAAAAGGAAAAAAAAAUAAAAAUGAAGAAGGAACAAUGGGGUGUCGUUUUAUUUUCUCUGCUAAGUUUUCACCAAGUUUUUGCAGAAGAUGGGUUUGUGAAGACCAGAGGAGUACAACUUGUGUUGAAUGGAUACCCGUUUUACGCAAAUGGGUUCAAUGCAUAUUGGUUAAUGUACAUAGCCUCUGAUCCGUCACAGAGAGACAAAGUUUCAUCGGCUUUUCAAGAGGCUAAAAACCAUGGCCUUUCAAUAGCAAGAACUUGGGCUUUCAGUGACGGAGGAUACAUGCCUUUGCAGUACUCACCUGGCUCUUAUAACGAGAAAGUCUUUCAGGGGUUGGAUUUUGUGGUGUCUGAAGCAAGAAAAUAUGGGAUUAAACUGGUGUUGAGCUUUGUGAAUAAUUACGAGAACUUUGGAGGCAAGAAACAGUAUGUGGAAUGGGCAAGAAAUCAAGGGCAGUCCAUAUCAUCUGAUGAUGAUUUCUUCUCCAAUCCUGUUGUGAAGCAAUUUUACAAAAACCAUAUCAAAACCGUACUUACAAGAACAAACACACUGACUGGAGUUGCUUACAAGGAUGAGCCAGCCAUAAUGGCUUGGGGGCUUAUGAAUGAGCCAAGAUGCCAGUCAGAUCCAUCAGGAAACACCAUUCAGGCAUGGAUUACAGAGAUGGCAUCUUAUGUGAAAUCAAUAGAUGGAAAUCACUUGCUAGAAGCUGGGCUUGAAGGGUUCUAUGGAGCAUCAAAGCAGCAAACUAAUCCAAACUUUCAAGUUGGAACCGAUUUCAUUGCUAACAAUCAGAUUCCUGGCAUCGAUUUUGCUACUGUUCACUCCUACCCAGAUCAAUGGUUAUCUAGUUCAAGUUCUGAGAGCCAGCAAGCAUUCCUCAAGACUUGGCUUCAAGAACAUAUCCAAGAUGCACAAGACGUCCUUCACAAGCCAGUCCUCUUCGCCGAGUUCGGCAAGUCCGGUGCCAACCAAAGAGACGAGGUUUUCAACACAGUGUACUCAGCCAUAUACUCGUCGGCUAGUGCCGGAGGCUCGGCGGUUGGCGGAUUGUUUUGGCAGCUCCUAUCACAAGGAAUGGACUCAUUCCGAGAUGGAUACGAGGUCAUUUUGACCGAGAGCAGCUCAACGGUGGCUUUGAUUGCUCAGGAGUCUCAAAAGCUUAACCAUAUUCGGAAGAUGUUUGCCAGGCUUAGAAACCUUGACAAGUUGAAGAGAGCCAAGGAUGUUAGAAGUGCUCAAUGGAGGGCUAUGAACAAGGACGUUGAUUCAAAAAAUUAAUUAAGAUGGUUAAAACUGGUUUUAGGAUCACCGAGGUCUCUGAAACAUGUCAAGAGUUAUAACUUAUAGUAGUACAUUUCGGAAAGGAAAACGAGAGGAGAUUUGAGAUUGGCUUUGUUUUAAUAAAGUAUAAGCCCUGCCUAAACCCUUCUGUUUAAGGAGAUAUUCCACGUGUCGACUGAUAAUAGGGUAUAAAUUUUCACCGCAUUCUAAUCUGAAGCUCUCGUCACUAAUUAC